AUGACGGCCAUACUUCACAAAACCUGGCGACAAGUUAAUCCUGGGGCGCACAGGGCUCGGACGGCGCUGGCUGCCACGGAGCGUCGGCGUCGCAGGGGGUCGCCGGCGCUGGCUUUUGAAUGUGCUGGCAGCGAUGCCUCCGCAACGCCACCCCCCACCAAGGUCGACCGCGCCGCUAAGCCAGGCGGCAGCCACUGGCCGCUCUCGCGAGCACAUGGCCACCACGCGACACCGGACGUUCUGCGCAUGCGCGCUCCGCCGAGCUCGGCGAGUCGUGCGCGCUAUGCGAAUACGGCUCAGUGCUCCUCCGGAGUCUUGCCUGGGAAGUGGGUUAGAGUCGGGUCAACGCGCAGUGCCUCGCCGAGCGGCGUCCGAGAGAUCGCGUGCGACGAGCAGCGCGCCGCGCCCCCGCUCUCGCACAGGGAAUGCGCCUGGCAGGUGGCGAUGGAGGCGGAGUGCGCGUGCGCCGGCCCGCCGCCCCCGCAGUUCCUGCUGCCGCCGCCCCCGCGGCCGCCCUUCCUCAGGGACCUCACCGAGUCAUCGUGCGCGCAGUCGCAGCACCCCGACACCUGUGACGUCGUCGCCGUGCUGGAGGCGCGCUGGCACGACGACGAAGCGCUGCUGUCUGCCGUGGCGGUGGCUGCCUGCUCGCUGCUGCUGGUCGCCUUGGCAACCGCUGCCUCCAUCCUCCUCUGGAAGUACAAGAGGAAGAAGGCACGCGCAGCGCGUGAGGGCGUCCCGGAGCAGACGCGACCUCGGCCCAAGGACAGCGUCGGCCUGGAUGACGAGGCGCUCGACGCCGACGGCGCAGCCUACGAGGACGUCAUCCAGAUGCGCCUGCGCCGCGCUCCCUCCAACCACUAUACCAGGGACCACCGGGCGUCCCGCCUGCACCAGUACGCCGAACCUCUACAGGUAAAGGCAACCGGAAGCAGGACGAAACUGAGAAGAGACGAGGAAGAGCCACACUCGUUCGUCUGCUCCUUGUCCCGCGAUGGCUACGGUCACGUUUACCAAGAAAUUGGUCACGGCCUGAGUGGGGGGCCCAGCUACGGAGAGCCGCCCUGCUUGGCCGACGAGAGGGUGGCAGGUCUUAGUGGCGAGCCGAGGCCACCCACGCCUGACCUGUGCCGCCACUGGCCUGGCGGCGUUCCUCCCCCGCCGCCCCCUUCACUUUCACAAGAUGAAGAACCUUCUCAUGAAGGAAAAAAGGGAUUUCUCAACUCAGAAUCUAAAAUUUUACCUAUCGAAAAAGAAAAUGAAAAUCCAGAGGCGUGGACGUGA